AGCUGUCUUGACAUACACACAGCCAGUCAGCAGGGAGAACUGCUCCUCGGGGAAGGUGUCCUGUGCUGAGUCCACACAAUGCCCAGAGAUGUUCACUUCGGUUCUCCCAGGAAGGGGCACAGCCACUCCUAUGUCACUGCUGAAGAGGCUGCAGGGAUUGGCAUCCUGAUUGUAGUCCUGGGGAUUUUGCUGCUUAUCGGCUGCUGGUACUGUAGAAGACGAAGUGGAUACAGAACCUUGACGGACAAAAAGCGCCAUGCUGGUACUCAAAAUACCUCGAGGGAAAGAUGCUCAUGUGAGAGUCUUGACCACCAGGACAGCCGACUGUCUUCCCAAGAAAAAACCCAUCAGCCUGUGGUUCCCAAUGCUCCACCUGCCUAUGAGAAGCUCUCUUCAGACCACUCACCACCACCGUAUUCACCCUGAGAGCCAGGAAACUCCUGAGAACGCUGAACAACUUCUCUCACACUUCCACUUGACGUUUUAAGGCUGAGUAGGCUCCCAUGUUUUGCUUUAGAAUGCUGCAGAAUGUGCAACUCUACUAACAGGCCAGUGCUAAAUUCGUGACAGGCAAGCAGAGGGGUGGUGGGGAAUGGUGAGAAAUAUUAACCUUGGAAAAGCUUUAAUAAACACCUUAACGUAUAUUAUCUGUCCUAGCAGUAAUGCUAAA